UACUACUAGUAGUACAGCCGCGACGACAUCUAUAGUUGCUGCUUGUCGACCGAAUUUAAAGCAGUCAUCAGAAGACGAUCAUCCAAACUCAUACGAUAGCAAUUUUCGCGUCGGCACAAUUCGUUGCCAUUCGUAGAUUUUCUUGCCGCCAUUGCCCCUUCUUUUUUCCGCUGAAAAUCCGACGAGCAACGCCGUUUACUCUUGCUCUUGUGUGUAGUUAAAUAAACACCGAUAGGCAUAAGAGCUUUCGUAGACAGCAUUAGCAACACACGCAAAAGAAUGUAAUCUAAUUGUAGUAAUUGAAUGAAUCGCGAUGAAGUAGCAGUUAGUAGGUUAGUCCUGAUCUUUUUGAGAGCUGGAUGUUGCUAAAACUGAAAGGCUGUGAGACAGAAGAAAGAAGACAAGGACAGACUGUGUGCAAUAAGAGGAUUACUGAAAACGGUACAAAUGGCGUUGGCAACUAUCGAUGUUGCUUUUGUAGGCUGUGCCAACAAGAGUUCAUGGACUUAUUGAUAAUGGAUUUUGAUUAAAAUUACGAUCCUAAUAGUUGCCGGAUAUGCGAUUUGCAUGUAUCCUUACGAGGAAAAACAUAUGGCUCAAGGUAACCAAAACGAAACUUCUUCAUACACCGUUCAGGCACACUAUGGUAUCAGCCUAUUCUACUUGUUUAUCACUUGUAACGUGAUCGUUGCUAAUUUGAAGUAAUUAUUUCGCGACAGUGCAGUACUACGACUAUUAUUUCAUUUUAUCUUAAGUACUAAUCAAAAUAAUUCUAACGGAUGAAACCCAAAUGAAGAAGGUCCAUAAUAGAUACUAGCAAGUAGUCAGUGUACUAAUAAGCCACAUAAAUUCAACUCAUUGUUACUGUUGUAUUGACAUAUUCGCAAUAAAGAGUAUGGUGCACCAAGCCGUUGCACCAUAUUGCAUUGCCCUACUUACCAUAUCUGAAGGAUACCGGCGGCGUUUGUUUAUAUUCACAAAAGUAUAUUUAAUAGCCUUUCAGCUCAAUUUCAGCAGAUUAACCAAAGGCAAAUGCUGGUUGAUGAUGGCGAAUGAAAAACAGUUUUCGGGAGGGUAAACUUCAGUUUGUCCACGUGUAAAUAUGUGGGUGCGAAGAGGGUCCUUAGGCCUGAUAACCCCUGUUGUCGUAUUUCUAGUCACAGCGUGGGUGAUACUUGACGGCACGUUUCACAAUGGCGAUAACUAUGAUUCUCCCCGCGUGGCCUUCAGUCCGACAACUAAAAAUCAUCAGACAGUCAGCGGAAGUGUUAGUAUGGCCGCUACUUUAAAGUUAAUUGAUGCUCAACUUGAGGCCGCAGAACUAAGGGUCACGUCUCAAACUCGCAUGAACUACACAGUUGCCUUAUUUGCUGAUCAGACUAGAAUUCCUACUGAUGUUGGCUGGACGGUGCAACGUCCGGAGAAUUUUACGGUGCAUAAAGGGUUCGAACCCAAUCCGCAUAACUACACAUAUAUUCUAAACACUGAAACCCUUUGUAAUGAUUUCGAUCAUCGACGCUUACGAGUUUUAGUGUUUGUCGAAACUCACGUGAAGAAUACGGAGCGACGGAUGGCCAUUAGGAAAACAUGGGCGCAACGAGAACUGCAGAAGGCACUUAACUUUCGAGUGGUGUUCCUAUUUGCGAAUUAUGGAAAUGGAACGGUUCAACAAGCGGCACUGAAGGAAGAUUAUGUGUAUGGUGACGUUUCUCAAGAAGACUUUCCCGAACAUUUUGAGAACCUCAGCAUCAAAUCUACUAUGGGUCUGAAGUAUGCGGUGACGUUCUGUAAAAGUGCUGAAUACAUUAUUAAAAUCGAUGACGACAUCUUUCUCUACAUGCCAAAUGUUAUUAAAUCAUUUGAAAGUCACCGACGUACGCCGGCAAAGGAUCAUCUACUUUGCCACCGAAAUCGAGUCGAGCGGAUACUGCGACCAGGCAAGAGUCAUGAAGUACACCGAAUCAAGACAAAGAAGUACGAGGUUAGUCAUGAUGUCAUUCCUGGGAGUAGUUUCCCACCGUACUGUUCAGGCUUCGCCUAUAGCAUGAGCUUGCGGGCUGCCCUCAAGCUUUAUGAAGCGUCACUGGGAACGCCACUGUUCUUUAUCGAAGAUGUCUAUUUGACAGGAUUUUGUCGUCAUAAGGCGGGUAUAGGGCUGAUUGACCACCCAGGAAUGGCAUUGCGCCCGCCCGUCACCGAGUACAAUGCCCCCUGCUAUUUUCAUUUCGCGGAACGAAUCACCUCUAACGAGAUCAGCCCCAUGGAAAUGCAUGAUAUUUGGGACGCAGUCAACACAGCAGGAUACUUUUGUCCUAAAUAAUCCUCGAGCAGUACAAAUACGCAUGUAUUUAUAUUUGCAUUCUGUAAUAAUAUUUGUUAAUGCUGAAUAGAUAAAUCAAAUAUCUCAGACAUGUUUUCCUUUUUAUUUUCUUAAACACAAAGUUUUGUAUAUAUAUAUAUAUAUAUGCAGGGAACAGACGGUCAUUGAAGCAGCUUUUCUACCUAAUAUAAUUGCCUAAAUCGUAGUUUUCAAUGAAGCCACUUAAAAGCAAAGGUAUUAAAGAAAACUUACAGGUAACAAAUUGGCAGGACUAGUUCAUAACUGUGGGACCUUGAAACCAUACUUCCCUUUAUUAGGAAGAUAAAUGUGUAAAUGGAAAAGGCUGAAUGCGCACUAGUCUAGGUGUGUCGAUUACACCCAAAUAAUUGAAACAAACAACUAUCCGUCCCACUACAAGUACAGCUGAAGUUAAAAAUUAACUGGCAGGUGCUAAAUACGCAAAUAGUCUUGGGAAAUUCUAAGUUCAAUAAAUCAUAAUCUGUUUAUCUAAGGAAGAUCUAUUACUCAAUACUUCCGCAGGUAUCAUUUAGCAUCUCUGCUGAUAGCGGGAUCGGGCCAAGGGAUUCAAUUCCAUCAUAUAAAAUGUUGUGCCUACUUCGUAAAAAUGUAGAUCUUAAUAGAUAUCUGCAAUACAUUUAUACGUAAACCUUAUUAGGAAUAAUUAUUGCAUAAAGGAUUUACAUGGAUGAAUGUCGUAUUUAUUUAUCUUAUGCAGGAAACGAAGAAAUCCCACCAACAUUUAAUGAUUGUAUUGAACAAAGUUCAAAUUAUUAAACUGGUGCUACAUUUUGGUUUACUAUUUUUUAAAAUAAAUUGUACAUAA